AUGGCGGAGGUACUGCCCACCAUGGUGGUCGGGCCACUGGUGUCCAUGGUGAAGGAGAAGGCCUCCAGCUACCUCCUGGACCAGUACAAGGUGAUGGAGGGCAUGGAGGAGCAGCACAAGCUCCUCAAGCGCAAGCUGCUUGCCGUCCUAGACGUCAUCACUGGUGCCGAGGAGCAGGCAGCGAACAACAGAGAGGGGCAAAAGCUUGGCCGCUUGAGGAGCUCCGCCAGGUGGCCGACAAGGCUAAUGAUGUCCUUGAUGAGUUCAAGUAUGAGGCACUCCGCCGCAAGGCCAAGGCAGAGGGGCACUACAAGGAGUUUGGUAUGGAUGUCAUAA